ACAUCUCAUAUGAUCUAAUUGCUUCAAUUGGAAAAAAUCAUAUCGAAGCAGAAGAAGCUAUACACGAAUCUGAAAAAUGCCUAGCUCAUAACUCAUCUUUUAGCCCAUUAUAUUCAGCAAAA